AGUACAAGUCGACGCCACAGACGGAGAGGUUUUCCCGCGCUGUCAAUGUUUCGGCGGGAAAACAGCGACAGAAAACACAACAGAGUAUAAAAUAUUUUCACGUAAACGUCACGCGAAUUAUUGUAUGUUACGAGCACAUACGUUUCUUAUUUCAGUUUGUAUUGUAAAGGCAUUGAAGGCUCUCGAUUAUAUAGUUGUGCAGAAUUUUAUUUAAAUUCAAUUGUUAAAAAUGAGUUACUUAGACAAAGUGGUAGGUCGUAAUAAAAUCGCCAGUGAAAAGUGUGGCUAUGAUAAUGCUGGAUUUGUUAUGACUGAAAAACACGCCUGGCAUUCAGGGAAGCAGACGCAAGCAAACAACGGCAUGGCUGAGAUCGGCGUGUCGCAAGCGGCGCUGGUGGAGCCACGCGGAGAGGGGGGCCGUAAGCUGCCGCAGUAUAUUGCAGCUUUGACGGCCACUCUGGGCGCGUUGGCUGCCGGGUCUAUGCUUGGUUGGUCCUCUCCAGUUAUAUUCAAAAUCACGCAAGCCAACAGCACCGAUUAUAAUUUCGAAGUCUCCCAAUCGCAAGGUGACUGGGUCUCCUCGCUUAUCAACCUCGGCGCUGCAGCCGUCUGCUUCCCCAUCGGUCUCAUCAUGGACGCGUUGGGACGGAAGAAGACCAUGUUGUGUCUGGUCGCGCCCUUCACGUUGGGCUGGCUUCUCAUCACCUUCGCGACUAACGUCGGGAUGCUCAUGGCCGGGAGGAUCGUCACCGGUAUUGCAGGAGGAGCCUUCUGUGUCACCGCCCCCGCCUACACUAGUGAGAUAGCGCAGGACUCCAUUCGCGGAACCCUCGGCAGCUACUUCCAGCUGAUGAUAACAGUCGGUAUUCUCUUCUCCUACGUCGUAGGUAGCUACACCAGUGUAUUCGUCUUUAACAUUCUUUGUACCAUAAUUCCUAUUAUAUUUGGUAUCGUUUUCUUCUUCAUGCCGGAAAGUCCCAACUUCUUAGUUGUAAAGGGCAGGAACGAUGAAGCGAAAGACGCUCUAAUCAGGCUCCGAGGUAGGAAUUACGACGUCGACACUGAAUUGAAUACCCUGAUCAAUAAAGCCGAAGAGGCGAAAAAUAAUCCCGUAUCGUUUCUGUCCGCUAUCACAAAGAAGACUGCGCUUAAAGCCAUUCUUAUCUGCUACGCUCUGAUGUUGUUCCAGCAGCUCUCUGGUAUUAAUGCUGUAAUCUUUAAUACGUCCGCCAUCUUUGCGAGCGCCGGUGCUGCCAUCCCGAGCGCAAUUGCCACUAUCAUUAUCGGCGUUAUCCAAGUGGUCGCUACCUUUGUUUCCAGUCUGGUUGUCGAUAAACUAGGCAGAAGAGUUCUCCUCCUGUUCUCUGCUCUAGUCAUGUGCGUCUGCUCUACCGCUCUCGGUGUAUUCUUCUUCAUGCAAGGCGUCCACGGUGCGGAAUCCUCGGUAGUACAGGCCAUGUCGUGGCUGCCGUUACUCUCACUUUCCCUGUUUAUUAUUGCCUUCUCCCUGGGUUUCGGUCCCAUCCCCUGGAUGAUGGCGGGCGAGCUCUGCUUGAUCGAUAUUAAAGCUUUUGUCGGCUCCACCGCAGGAACUCUCAACUGGUUGCUCAGUUUUACAGUCACCAGUACUUUUAACUCACUGAACAAAUCUAUCGGACAGGGACAAGUUUUCUGGAUGUUCGCUGGCAUUAUGCUGGUAGGCUUUCUAUUUAUUUUCUUCAUCAUACCGGAGACGAAAGGAAAGAGCUUUGACGAGAUCCAGGUAAUGUUAGGUGCGGAACCCCAGACGCAGAGCAAUACUACCACAAAAAAAUAAACCAAUCAAAGAGACUGAAUCGAAGAGUAUUUUUAUAAAAAGACUUACUAGAUGUUAGUCUAUGAUUGGCUAAUUGUUUCUUUGGUGUCACAAUUGUGCUAUGAAAAGCAAUAUUUUUGUCUAUGUGUUACCAAAGAUUUGUCCUCCGUCUGGAUUUUGCAUUCCACUGUCGACACUUAGAUUAAGGAAAUGGUAUGUUAUUUUUUAGUGUAAUUCGUAAUUGUAGCAAAUAUUUUAAGGCAGCUGAUUUGAUAUCGAUUUUUAAUAUCGAUUUGUACGGUAUAUCGUUUUGUAUGACCUUCAGAAUUUGUAUGUCGUUCUGACACUUGAGGAAUUCGUGUUUUGAAUAGUGUUUUAUCUGAGAUUGUAAUUAAUAAAAUCAUAUCAGAAAAAAUGAAAUUAAUGUAUAUACGAGUAAAAUGAAUCCUUUUCUUUAUACUUACUUAUUUUAAUAUUAACGAAUUUAUUUACAGAAAUUGCCAUAAAUGUUAGAAUAAUAACGAUAUUGUAUAUUUGUAUUAAAUCAAUUAAAAUUAUUUUUAAUAUAAUUUAAUGCCGAGUUAUUUAUUUUUUUUAAAUAAAGACAUUUUGUGAUUUUAAAUUAUUUGACGUGAAACAAUGGCGCGAAAAUAUUCUUGUUUCAAGGUUUUUAGUAUUACUUUAAUUAGGUGCAUAAUAAUGAUGCUUUUAAAUAUUUCCAAACAAUAAAAAAUGUAGAAUUAGGUUGUUUAUACACUGAAGUUGGAUUAUAAGUAUUUUGAAACGUAGUCGAAAAUCUAACAUUUAAAGCAACAUAAUGUUACUGUUAAACCUUGGUGUGUAUGCAUCCUUACAAUACAAUGAGAAUUAAAAUAUUGUGGUCAUGUAUACUGAUUUAAGUCUAAGUAAAUGUUUUCGGUGAAAGUAAUUUCAAAAUUUAGGGCUUGCUGGCUUUAUAUUUCACAGUUUGAGAAGCUCUUAAAGCAGUUUAAAAUCGCUGAUUUUAGAAAACAAAAACGCGUUAAAAUCUGUACAAAAUUAAUUAACGUUAUGUGCUAAGAGCAAUACAACUUUCUAUAAAUAUGUUUAGAAACAUAAUUUAACAAAGUGCAACUAACGGGACCUUGCGCAAGCCACAUUAUUUUUUUAUUAUGAUUUAUAGGAGAUGUUUAUUAUAGAAAAGCAAAUGUGAAUAUUGUUAUUGUUUGUAG